CAGCGAUAUCAGGUUCGAGUUUCCUGGCUCCGCUACAACAUCUACUUGUCACAUAUAGAUAGGAUAUUAUCAACGACAAGCUCUGAACAGCGAUGGCUCCUGUUAAAGAGAACUGGGAGAAGUACGAGAAGAAGGUGGACGACAAGCCCGAGGAAAAGAUCGUCGCCCUGGAUGACACCGACAUUCAGAUCCUCAAAACCUAUGGUCAAGGACCAUACUCGUUGGCACUGAAACGGAUCGAAGCCGAGCUGAAGGACAUUCAGAAGCGGAUCGACGAGAAGAUGGGCGUCAAGGAGAGCGAUACCGGUUUGGCCAGGCCGGAUAUGUGGGACUUGAUGGCCGACAAGCAACGUCAAGGAGAACAUCCCCUGCAAGUCGCCCGAUGCUCCAAGAUCAUCAAAGCCGGAUCCACCAAGACUGGUCCAGGCGGGACCGAGACUGGGGAGACUGACUCAUUGGCAUCCGCUCUCAACCCUCAGGACGGGGCUGGCGCGGGCAAUCCGGAGGGUGACAAGUACGUCAUCAACGUCAAGCAGCAUGCUAAGUUUGUGGUUGGGUUGAGCGACAAGGUCUCGCCCACCGAUAUCGAGGAGGGUAUGAGGGUCGGCGUGGACCGAACAAACUACAAGAUCUGUAUGCCGCUCCCGCCCAAGAUGGACGCUACCGUCUCGUUGAUGGAGGUCGAGGAGAAGCCCGACGUAACCUACGACCAGAUCGGUGGAUGCAAAGAACAGAUCGAAAAGAUCAAAGAGGUCGUCGAGACCCCUUUGCUCGAGCCCGAAAAGUUUGUCGCCCUCGGAAUCGACCCUCCCAAGGGAGUGCUCCUGUUCGGACCCCCAGGAACGGGAAAGACGCUCUGUGCGAGGGCUGUAGCGAACAGGACAGAUGCGACAUUCAUCCGGGUGAUCGGGAGUGAGCUGGUUCAGAAGUAUGUCGGUGAAGGAGCCAGGAUGGUCAGGAACAUCUUUGAAUUGGCUCGUCAGCACAAAUCAUGUAUCCUCUUUUUCGACGAAAUCGAUGCUGUCGGAGGAGCUCGAUUCGACGACGGUGCAGGCGGAGACAAUGAAGUUCAGCGAACAAUGUUGGAAUUGAUCGUUCAAUUGGAUGGUUUCGACUCUCGAGGUGCUAUCAAGGUGUUGAUGGCGACCAACAGACCCGAUACCCUCGACCCUGCCUUGUUGCGUCCCGGUCGACUCGACAGGAAGAUCGAGUUUGGUCUCCCUGACCUCGAGGGAAGGGAGCAGAUCUUGAGGAUCCACGCCAAGACGAUGUCGGUGGCGCCCAACAUUCGAUUCGGCCUGGUCGCCCGUCUAUGUACCAACGCUACUGGGGCCGAACUGAAGAGCGUGUCCACCGAGGCUGGUCUAUUCGCCAUCCGGGCGCGAAGAAGGAUCUGCGAAGAGGGAGAUUAUUUGAAGGCCGUGGAAAAGGUCAUUAACCAAGGAAAGAAGUUCUCGUCGACGUCCCUGUACUCGACUUAUAACUAAACGAUGACCUGACGGGAGGACCUUGACCUUGAUGACGAAACGACCUAUACAGAAGACGUGUUGUAUAACAUGGAAAUGAACAUGCGAUGACGAUCGUGCUCGGGGGUUGGUCAAACGGAUGGUUCGGUGUGAUGAUGAUGUGAUGACAGUUCGAUGGAAUAUGCAAUGGAUUUGGGGUCCUCGCCCUGGAAUACGCCCCCGGUUCUACGCCACAUGCAUGCGAACGCCAUCGAGCUCAUUUCCGAG